AUGACCAUAAUUUUCGACGACCUCUGUCGUUCGCAAUGCGCAUCGGCUCUUUCUCCGCGUCUACAAUAUGCUUUCACGGACAUGCACCAAGGCCAGGUCUCUUUUCGUCGCUCACUUGCUACCGAAGCGGCUCCCAGCCAGCCAGCGCGACUGGCCAAGACCGUCAAACCCCAUAUUUCGACAGCCAUCGUCCUCAACCGUUCUCCCAUUCUAACGCGCUCUUCAACUCCAUUCGAAACAGCCUAUUAUUCCUACCAAGCUCGCAUACGACGCACCCUCCAUAACCCGUUCCCUUACGACUUCUAUUUUAAGCAAGGAACCCUCAUAGAGACACGGUUCAACAUAGAGGAACGGAGGCGCGAGAAACUUGCUUUCGGCCCGAGAUUCCUGGAAAAGGAGGAUAUCAGCGAGGAGAAGAGACAGGCCAAUAUUGCUGCUGUCGAGCAAUUGGCGCAACAGGAAGGGGAGGGAGAAGAACUCGUCCCGCGAACGCACCCAGCAGACAUUAGUGGCGACGUCAGAAGCCUCGACCGCCAAGGAAAGAGGAACCUCUAUUUGUUGCUACACACCGUCGAGGAUGGGACGGAGAAAUGGCGCUUCCCGCAAGGGGAUGUGGAGAAGGGCCAAUUUCUACACCAGGCCGCGCAGAAAAAUCUAUUUGCUGAAUGCAAAGAUGAAAUGGACACUUGGAUCGUUGGCAAGACUCCCAUUGGGGUAUACAAACCUCCACAGACUGAGGCUCCUGCGGAACUAGCUACACCAGAGUGCGUAACAUUCUUCUUCAAGGCUCACAUCAUGGCUGGCCAAGUAAAGCCGGCGAAAGACAAUAUAAAGGACUUUGCGUGGCUAACGAAGGAAGAGGUUGAGACACGAGUGGACAAGCAUUAUUGGGACGGCAUAAAGGACGUCCUCUCCGACUAUUAG